GCCGUCACGUGGCGCGAAGCUUCCUUUCUCUGUGCGGCGCUCUUUCCUUCCUCGGCCGCCAUCUUGUUCUCACCGCGUGUUGGGCUGCGGAGGGGCCGCGGAAUUCAGACACAACACUAUGAAUCAAGAAAAACUAGCCAAGCUUCAAGCUCAGGUCCGAAUAGGAGGAAAGGGAACAGCUCGCAGAAAGAAGAAGGUGGUGCACAGAACAGCAACAGCUGAUGACAAAAAACUUCAGAGUUCACUCAAAAAACUGGCAGUAAAUAACAUUGCUGGCAUUGAGGAGGUGAACAUGAUAAAAGAUGAUGGAACAGUUAUUCACUUCAACAACCCCAAGGUUCAGGCAUCCCUCUCUGCUAACACUUUUGCAAUUACUGGUCAUGCAGAGGCUAAACCGAUCACAGAAAUGCUUCCAGGCAUCUUAAGCCAGCUUGGUGCUGACAGCUUAACAAGUCUCAGGAAGUUAGCUGAACAGUUCCCAAGACAAGUGUUGGACAGUAAAGCACCAAAAUCUGAAGAUAUUGAUGAAGAAGAUGAUGAUGUCCCAGAUCUCGUAGAAAACUUUGAUGAAGCAUCAAAGAAUGAAGCUAACUAAAUCAUUAAUAGUUCUGGAAGCUGGCAUGGACUAGAUUUAAGAAAUCAGCUAUGUGGUUCCAAAGUUUUAAAGAAACAGAGAACAUCAUCUGUUAAUAGUUCAGUAAUAUAAAUAUUUUGUAUUUUUAUGAUACUGUUUGUUCAGCAUUUUCUGUCAGUUGAUUUUGCAUUUUGCACUUACUCCCAGGAUCUACUCUUUUUGGUCAAAACAAAAAUGUCAGUGCAGUUUGAGGGGUGUGUGCAUGUGUGUGUGUGUAUGUGUGUGGGUGUACAUAUAGUGGAGAACAAAUUGGAGAACACUUCUAUUUAACCAACUUCCCUUUUCUUUCAAAAGAAGAAAUAAAAUGAAUCUUCAGCAUUGUUACUUUUGAUUAUCACCAAAUAGUACACAGAAAGAGUAGAGUUAAAAGUUUUGUCCACGUUUUGUGACCUGAAGGCAUUACACCAUUUGAAAUUUGGGUUUAGUUUGCGUUAACUAUUGUACUUGAAGAUAUUUCUCAUCCAUGUUGAAAUGUAUACAGUACUUGUUAUUAACCUUGUGUUGAUGCCCACAUGUUACCUUUGACAAGAUAUUUUAUCAGCUUGUUUGGUACAGUAACUUUCUAAAAGAGGAAUCUUGGUCCCAGCAAAGUGAUCUUUUUUUUUUCUUUCUCAGCUUACUUUCUCAUUUCCUUAGUUUUUUGAGACAAGCUGAUGUUUGACUCCUUUCACAUAGACUUAGCAGUAUGUUCUCCCUAUGAACAUGUAGGGUAUGUUAGGUCAAAAUGAAAACAAACCCUUUGGUUUUCUACUGUCAGGUCACUUGGAAAACUUAGAGGUCUAGUUGGUAAUAGUCCAGUGCACCAGUUUUGCACAGUAAAUUUUUGCUUGAAUUCCUUCAGGCUGUUCUCUUGGCAUGACUGCAUUUACUAGCAGCUGAUGAUCCCGUGUCACUCUUAUGGCACUAGAAAUUAAAUGCACCAUCUGAGCGAUGUUUAAGGUGGGGAGAAAAAGUUGUUGACAUUUUGCCUUGCCUCCUGCUGGGUAGUUUGUGCAAUGACUAGCUCUAAAGGGACUUUUUUUUUAUUGCCUGUAUUUUACCCUUGCCUAUAACCUACCUCUAGGUUUGGUGUCAUCUAUUUUAGUAGCUUACUAAAACCCAUAAAUGCUCCUCAGGCAUAAAGAGGACAUUGGGAGGUACCGCUGGUACAGUGCAGUAUUUAUGACCUUCCUUUAAAAUGCUUAAUGUGAACCUGAUUUCUCAGAAGCUCUUUCAAGGUUCUUGAUGUUAUGUGCAUUGCAGUAUAGUUAGACAUCAUUGUAACCUGUGUCAGGGGCAGCUGUGGCUUAAGAAAGCCAUUUUUUUUCUCCUCUACUUUUGUCAUUUAACUAUAGCUUAAUUGGAACAUAUCAGCUUUUUUAUGUAGGUUCAUAUGCUGUAGAACUGUAACAGUACAAAGUAAACAGUACAUGAGUCUGGUGGCAUCAUGAUAAAACCAUGAAAGCAGAGCUGAAGUGGCUUGUCAUCUGAACUCAUUUUAUAGAUCUUGUUCAUUCUUUUUUGUUAUAUUUUAUAUACUACAUGGAUCUUGCUACAAAAUAAAAUAGCAGUACAGCAGAGGAGAAGUUCCCUCUUGUGCAUUGUCUAUUCCCACUAGCAGUAGCUGGGGAGCAGUGAGUGGAUGCAGCCACUGUUUCACAGUGAUACACCCUUGGUGACAGCUACUGAGGAAGAUACAUGCAGGAUUAGGGAAGAUUGUGUUAGAGCUUUGGGAUUUCACACCUUCAUAUACCCACACUCCUGUUUUUCCUGUGGUGUUGAAUGAAACUUUGGUUUGUCGUAUGGCUAAUCUUGAUCAGCUGCAGAUUCUUCUGUUUAUAAGGAAGAGAUUUCUUCAAUAAUGUGUGCACAGACACACUGGGUUGCCUUUUGCUGCUUUUGAAAGCUCAAAGCAAAUGAAGGAUACUAGGAAACACAUAGUGUUCUGCCAUUUGCUUAAGGGGUGUGAGUGGAGAACAUUUCAAAGCAGCAGUUGUACUGAGUUUAUGUAUGAGACAUCCCUCUUGCUCCAAAUACUAAUCAGAUACUGAAAUUUUUUGCUCCACAGUUUCUGAUGUAGCAAGUUUACGGAAAGUAAUUUUGUGAGAGAUUAAGAGUAAAUGAUGGAUUCAGUGAACUUGUAUAGUUUAACUUCCUAAUUCUUACAGAAUGCUCAUUUAAUUUUUGUUCUUGGUCAUGACAACUUACACGUUAAACCACCGUUCUUUCCUGUGUUUGACAACCAGUAAACUAACUAAAUAUGCUAGCUUAUGUCGUUAUCAGUUUUCUCACUGUACCUGAAAACAGUCAACCACUUAUGAUUUGCUGCUGGAAAUACUAGAGCUUAUCAAUCAUUAAACUGAUUUUAAUUAAAAGUAACCAUCAAGGCUCUUGUGGGAGAAGCUAUUUUUCUUCAUGUUUAUUCAUGGUAUUACUCAAACAGUGUUUGUAAAUUCUGGUGGAAUGCAGAGUUAACAACAGUUUGUGGUGUUACGGUGAAAACUCCACAAUGAGGUGGGCAGGUGGUGCAUCAAAAUAUUCUUUGCUUGGCUUGAAGCUUCAUAACCACUGCAGUUCUGUAGUAGUUUGCUCACUACCUGAGCGUUGACAUACAAAAGGUACUGAUAAAAGUUACUGACAUACUAAAAAUCUUGGCAGUGACUUAAAAUAGUAUUGGGAAGAGCGGAAUGUAGGUUGAAACUUUUCUUGGGCUGUAUACAAGAAUCAAAGCUGAAUCACAGAAGAAGAAAGAAUCAAGAACUUGGCAAACUUUUGAGACUGCAGACACUGGUCUCCUUUAGUAGGCUGCCAGUAGCUUUGUGUAUUUCCCUAGGAAGCUACAAACAGGAAAUGUGUGACUUGGUGGCCUCAGACAGGAGAGCAGGGCUCAUGCAAGAUGGGUGGCAGUAGUUACCUGCAGUCAGCAGUGCUGGAAACUUGGAACUAAGUGAUUGUAAGGGGUUUUCUUAAGCAGCACUGGCUAAUAAGUGAGUUUGCACGUGAAUGUUAGUAGGGUGGAAGGAGUUGAUGUAAAAAGAACAUUUGACAGCUGUGAAAAAAUAGGGCUUGGGUGAUUUUUUUAACUGGUCUAGGAAUACUUGAAUGCCUGAGGAAGGAUAAGGGUGAAAUCAGAACUACUACUUAAAUAUCUUGAGAAUGCACUGUUUGUCAACAUUCUGUGGGAAUUGGGAGUUGCUAUGAAAUCCCUUCUGCCUGGAUCUUAACAAAUAAUGUUCUGGAUUCAAAAUGAGGUCUGGAGGUCUUAAUGGUUUCUUUACUGAGUGUUGUAUUGAAUGAUGAGUGUAUUGCUUCUUACGGGAAGGAACUGAGGCAGCUAUAACACAGUGAGAUAAAGCUGUUUUGUGUGAGAGUUGAAGUAAUGUCUCUCCUGAGGGGCCCCCUAGUGAGGAUUCUCCUGGGGCUUCCCUGGAAUCAGUCUGCUGCUCCAGACAGUGGGGACCUAUUGAGGUUUUAACAAACUGUCCUGCAGGUGGAAGGUGGGUGAGUGAAUUCCUCCACUGGCCCUUAGGAUCAGCUUCUUUUUGUUAUUUGAAGACAGUAGUAUUUUGUUCACCAAAGUGACCAGAUUAUUCUGCAAAUCAAGAUUAUACUAAUUAGUUAAAUGAUCCAUGUUUUGUAAUUGAACAAAUGAAAUGAUGCACAAAUAAGCACAUCACAACAGUCUUAGCAACUUUAUGGAAGCGAUUUCAGAAGUAAGGGGAAUGGUUAUUCACAUUCAGCUAUUUAUUUUUCCAUAAAGUAAUUUUUAUUUUUUAUUUUUCCCCUUUUUCAAAGACCACUUUGCAGACACUGAAGAACUUCAUGGAUUUAUUCAGAAACAUGGGGGCCGCAGUGCCAGUCAAGAAUUCAGGUAGCCAAGCAGAGCAAGUGAAGAGACUUAACUCUAAUAUCGGUCUUGCUGGUAUGUUUGGGUAGAAGCUUGGGUUUAUGCAUAGAGUGUAGUAAUUGGGAACUGGGCUUUUAUUUGGACUCUGGCACUAUAUUUGGCAAGAAGAAACAAAUGUAUACGUCUUAGAGUGCCUUAGCUUGCCUUCAUUUUGGGAGCACUGCCCUUCCUCACACAAGUAUGUGAUAUGUAAAUGAAUGAACGGUCUGGAUGGCUCUUGAGAGAAAAGAGCUGCAUCUGCAAAUGUUAUGAAAGGCUACUUCCACGUGGUAAGCACAUCCUCUUCAUUGGGCCAAUAGUCUUAUUAAAUACAACAGAUUAAACAACAGAUCCACGGUUUGCUCAGACACCGUUUUGGCAAUCUGGUAUCUGUCAGAUUCUCAGAUACUAUACAGCAUUUCAUUGAAUUCUCUGUGGAUGGACUUCAUGAAUCUGUCACAUCCUUACAGUAAAAAGAGAUUAUUUAAAACUCCAGUGAGCAGAUAAAGUAUCAAUAGUAAGGCAAAGGUUUAAACAAUAAAAAGGAAUUAUAUUCCCUGGUAUUUUGAUUUGUCAGUGUAUAUAUUCCAACUGAGUAAGUUAUGUGACCCCUCACCCUUUCUUGCAACAUCCUUGUGGCAGCUAUAGUAACUGCUAAUGUCAAAAAGUAAUAUUAGAAAGUAUUUAAUGUAUUUUUAGAUUGUCUGAUGCAACUUAGCAUACAAAGAGGAGCCAGUGCUAUGUGACCAGCUUUCUCCAGACACUGAGAAGUGUUGUGCAAACUGCAUUUUGAGAACAUCAGAUCUGACUCUGAGUCCAGAUGUGAAGCUGGAAAUUUCCAAAUGAUGCAAAUUAUUGCCAAACAUAGGUAAGUGAAAACUUAAAAUUUCAACAUAAUUGUCAGCACCUUUGCACACCAGGAGUGAACCUUGAUGAUAGGCCUGCACCACUCUAAUGCUUCCUCAAAGAGAUAAAUAGGCCUUGCUUUUUUUUGCUUUCUUGAGCACCAGAAUUAGCAGCUAACCUGUGAAGCCAACUGGAUCAGCUUGCUCAGCUGGUUGUAAAUCACCUGAUUUUUUUGUUAUUUUUCACUACUGUGAAAGCUGUACCACAUGGUUGGUUGUGGUUGUACUUGCACGUGCUGAAAGCUUGACCAUUGCUUAUCUUGACAGCUUGCUUUCAUUGGUUCACUCAGCUUGUGAAACUGCAUCCUGUGCCUUGGCAGCAGUGUUUGAACUUGCAGGUCUCAGAUUCCUGCAGAGGAAGCUGUAUGUUCAGGGCCCGUCUGGUUGUCUUUGCCUUGCCACCUGACAGAAAACUAGCUUUAACUUUCUGCUAAAUAAAUGGUAACCUUCCUUUAGAGGGAAGCAUUUGCACUGCAGUCCUUUUGGGCAAGCUUGGCAGAGGUGACCAUCACAUCAAUGGGCCCUACAUACUGAACCAGCUUUUUUUUUCUUUUUCUUUUUUUUUUUUUUUUUUUUUACCAUUUCUGCUGCUUCUGCCUCUGAGGCUUCUCUUGGCAAGGUGGUAUAGGGGAGGUUGCGGUGCGACUGCCAGAGACAUACUGAGUUUGGAAGAAAGGAAGGCUUUGCCAUAUUGAUGCCUUGGGUGACCAAUCUGGUCAGAUUCUGUAACUCAAAGCUUAUUUUUGAACUGUCUUUUAAUUGUGAAAUAGGGGGAUCAUAACUGGCAAGCUGGUGCCCACAACAUGGGCUGAAAAAGCUGAAUGCAGAAUGAGUUCAGCAUGCUCUUAUUGCACCCACCCUUUGCUCCAGCUAUCCUCUGCUCUGUAGUUACAUAGCACCCAAACACAGCCUUCCUCCAGUGCUUGUUUUGCAUGCCUCUUUUUAGAAAGUGAAAAGUGAUGGGGGGGGAGGGGGACAGAGAGAGAAUUUUUUUUCUUUUCACUGAAAACCUCAGUCAGUAAAUAGCUUACAAUCUGAGCUUUAAUAAAUUGCCAUUUCUAUGACGGAGUCUUAUUUCAAAUGGUUUUCUAACAUGUUGUGUUUAAUUGAAAAUAGCUGUAACUUGCUUACAGCGUUUUUACAGUCUCCAGAGAGUAAUGAUAGAACCAAAGUUUCUCCCUGCUCAUUUUGAAGCAUUAGCUCUAUUUCUAUGUGAGUGACAGUUGCAGUGAUUGAUGGUUUGCAUUUUUUUUAUGUUUCUAAAACAAAGCAGGGCUUAAAGUAAUUUUUACUUUGAACAAGGGUUUCCCACAGCCUGCUUUCCACAUCUUGAUUGACAGAUACCAGCAUUUCUCAGAACCUGCUACUGGAUAUUUGAGUAGUUUGCUGAGGGUUCUGUUUUGACUCGAAAGAAAUGUCAAUUUUCUGAAAAGCAAGGAACGCAUUACAUUUUCUAGUAUUUGCUACAUCUUUUCUCUCAGCCUCAUAGUUUCUGUGUUGUAAAUUAUUAACUUUUGAACACAGCAAUAUUAUAACCCUUAUUUGUUCUGUUGCCCUUUGAGUUGCAGAAUUGCUUUCAUUGGCAGUUUGUACUGAGAAACUGUGUCAGCCACUUCCAACUCUGAAAUUGUAAUAGUUUUUCCCAUUACAUGGUGAUUUUCCAACUCAGUUCUGUAAACCUUGAAAUGGGGUAUCCAUAAAAAAAUAUCCCACCCAUUCUUUUAUUUUAAAGGCUACAAGUCAGAUUUGAUGGGGUAAUCUAUUGCUCCUAGUGAUACGUGCUGUUUCCUGAUGAUUUUAAGUUAGAGAGAGUUUUUAUAGUGCAGUCCUUGUCAUUAAGAACUUGGUGACUUUGAGCAGCAUUGCUUGUUCUGUGGGAACAUGCAGUGGAAUGUCACUGGUGUCUUAACUGAUAGACAUUUUUCCAUGUGUACUUUUUUAGCUUUAAUCUGCACAAUAUUCUGAGUUUGCAGUAAGCUGUAAUAAAAGGUUUAGAUGUCUUACACCAACACUUUCGCAGUGGCUUACAGUACCCUCAUCAAGAACAUAUAAUAAGUGCAUCUUUCUUUGUAACCACUCACGUUGUUUUCUUCCUUGAACUAUAAUCAUGAGUUUGUGCUGUCUCACAUCAUAAGAUUUGUAAACACUUGAAAACUGCUUGAGUUCUUUUGUUCUUAAUGACUCAGGACAGCCAGAAUUUGUCAGGAAAGAGUAAAUGAAAAGUAGCCAUUCAAAACAAGACUUCACUUUCCUUGAAUAAACAUGAGAACUACUUUUUGUGCAUGUUAGUUUUUCUGCUGAGCCAUUAAUCUGUGUUAAGAUCUGUAUGAGAUGUGCCUUGAUUCAAUUUUUGCCCUUCAAUUUUAACUUAGGUAAGCCAAGAUAAGGGAGAUAAUGAAAUACUUAUCUGUAAUUAGUCUUACCCCUCCUGUGGAAAAUAGCUGUAGGAGAUGCAUUGUCUACCUUCUCAACAAAAACAAGCCUUAACAGUUGUUGCCAUCAUAGUUCAGUAAUCCUGUUAAAGCAAAAGUAUGUGAUCUUUAUCAGAACAGAACAUCUCGCUGGUUUUGGUGUUUUCCCUUUAUUUUACUGAGAGUUUUGCUUUUUUUUUUUCCUCCAGCUCCUCUUCCCCAGAAGCUUCUUGCUGUACUUAUUGGCAAAGUUAGUGUUUAAUCUUAUAUCCUUGGACAUACCAAUUUUGUCAAACAUUCCUAACUAGUUUACAGUCACAUGGUAAAAAUAAGAAUGUACUACAGUUGCUUAUCCCAAUAACUCUUAUUCAGUAGAUCCCAUUAGCCCUUUAAAUUUCCAUCCAAGGACCAAAUACAUCAGUGUCUAUGUAUAGGUUACUAACAAACUCCUACAUGACAAGAAACAACAAAAACCCCAGCGUCACUUGUUUUUGGUUUUUUUUUUUUUUUUUAAGCAAACUCAGAAUAUUCAGCUGACUGAUUUGGAGUUACAGCUUUGAACAACUUUUAGAGUCUUCUCAUUGAGAUGUUGAAGAAGUAAUUGGGCAGGGAUUCCAAAGUGCUCUGACUCACAGCACUCCACAAAAUCUUAAUCAUGCGAUUUGGCAAGGCAUAAAUAAGCCUGUUUUUUAUAGGCUUAAUUACACUUAAUGUAGAAAUAUCCUUUAGCUAGAGCAAGAGGUUGCCACAUAGUUGUGAAGUCAAAAUAUUGCUAUGAGAACAGGAUGGUUCAAGCAGAGCCAUGAAGUUCAUUGGAAUAGCAGGAGUGUGUGCAGUCAUGACUGUUCUCUCUGUGUGUACAUGUAUGUGAUGUAGUGGUGGACCUAGUCUGUGGUGGUAAGACUGACUGAUUCCCUGUUUGCCAUCACUGCUGACCUAAUAAAUGACAUACUACACACU